AUGCGCAAGUCGGGCCGUUUGCUGCUGCGACAGGUGGUCUUGAACCAUGGCCACUCGGUGCCUGGCUUUCCGCUGGGCUCCAUGCGCCGCUGGCUGGAGCUCCUGCCCUCCAGCGAGCUCUCGAGGGACAUGGACCGCUGCACUGUGGUGCUGCCGCGGCCGGGCGAUGGCUGGUAUGCGCCACCCUCCUCUGGGACGUCGGCAGGCUUCCCCUGGGGUGAGCUCACACAGCAAGGUGCUGAUGAGAUGAUGCGUCAGGGCCAGCGCUGCGCCAGGGAUUGGUCGGUGGAUUUGUCGAAGGUGCUGCUGCGGGCAGCCAACCGAGCCAGCUGUAUAUCUUCUGCACAGGCCUUUGCACUUGGUGGACGGCCAAAGCAGGAACCCGUCGAACCACUUCGUCAGGAACCCGUUGAGGUGCUUCUGCAGCGCGGGGAAGCCUUGCUCCCCCAGCAGUCGCCAGAGACGGCGGAGGUGCGAUCUCCAGAGUUGGCUCAGGAGAUUCGGCAGAACCUGGGGCUUGAAGAUUUGGGUCGUGCGCGCAAGCCGAGCCCUGAAAGAUCCAACCAAAACGGCCAACGAGUCCAGUUGUGCUUCUUCAACGGCGGGGAAGGCAGGCUCCGUCAGCGCGGCUCCUUUCGUGGGCCCGCGCCACCCAGCGCCGGGCGUCGGCGUCGGGAAAAGGAGCUCCAAGGUGAGGAGGCCAGCGAGGGACGGGAGCAUGAUCUGCCAAGUCGCGGGAACGGCGCUGCGCCGGCGGUUGCGGCUCCACAACCCCCUGCUGCGAAGUCGUCCAAGCCACGAGUACCACCGGUGCCGAUGCCCUUUGGCGACGUGAACGUUGAUAUGACCAUGAUGCGCUUCAGCCACUUCGUGCCCAGGCUCUACAACUUUUGCCGUGACUUGGGAAUGACCAAAGGCCGGAUCAUGCCUUCCAUCGGCUUCUGUGCGGAUGAGAACCAGGGCUUUCCUGCCAUCACCAUCACCAAGCAUUUCGGUGCCUACCCCUUCACACAUGGCUAUAUCGGCGGCGUCAUGGCCCUUGAUCGUCAUGGCCCCCAUGCUCACCACGGUGACGACUUCGUGAUCAUCCACGCCCCACACGUGGGCUACGAUCCGGAGACCGAGACCUAUGGCGUCUAUCGCAGGCGGCAGGUGGCCGACCCAGAGCAUUCUAUGUCGACCUGCUGUGGGAAGGUGGCUGGUACUUUGGCACCCUACAUCGACAGCUAUGAGAAAGCGCUGGGGCGCAUCAGCGUACGCGAAGCCAAAGAUGGAGUGGUUUUGGUGAACAUUGGCAACUCGCUGUUGAGCGAGGAGGACGACUUGGGCAUUGCUUUGAACUUUGAUCGGCUUUUAGAACCGGAUGCUUUGGAGAAUCCCCUGCUCUUGCAGAGCACCUCGGUGGUGUAUAUCGCCUCCGCAGAGUUCAGCGGCCUGUACCACGCGACGAAGACGACACCCAAAACCUCCAAAGGGGAGGGCCAGAAAGCACAAACCCUGUGGGAGUUGGAUGAGCGAUUGGCUUGGAGGCCCUUAACGGAUCCCAGCUUAAAGCAGCUCUUAAGCCAAGAGUUCUUCUCCUUUAAGAAGAAGCCAGAGGAUCUACCUGGAGAGGCUGGACGCUUCGAGAGGACGCUCUUGCCCCACUUGCCCUUUAUCAUCACAUCUCCCUACGCUCCAGACUUCACAGCAGCUCUGGUGAUCAUGCAGUAUGAGUUCGACCGUGGAGUGCAGUCUAUUGUGACCUCUCCUGCAUACAAGGAUCGGAACUGCAUGCUGAUCUCCGGGCUGAAUAUUGAUGUGGCACCAGCCGCCAAUGACCUCGAGGCAUUCCCGCAGACGAUGUUCCUUCCUUGGGCUGCCUACGUGCAGUUGGCAGAUGGUACCCAGCGUGUCAUCGAGCAAGACGCUUUGGUGACCCUUUUGCACAAACAGCCUCUGGAGAAUAAGGACGCCAUUGAGCUGGAGCGAGGCUUUGCGGCUUUGGCGACCCACCAGAUGAAGAGGAUGGUCUUCCACAACUCGCGUGAAGGAAAGCUGGAUGAAGUUCGCGUGGUGUGA